CCAUUACGUGUGUAGUCUGAACUCCGGUGUUCGCGAGCCGUGCAUCUACGCGUGAUACGCGGAGAGAUCGAGUAUGUUCUCGCAUAUAUUCGCGAGCGUUUCGUCGGGUAUAUUCUCGCGUGCGAACCUACGUAACGUUAAUGCACCGACCGCCGACCAAUCACCACCGAUUCCAUUCUUAUCGGACAAAACGAACGGCCGCUUUCGUACGACGAACUUCUGACAUCGACGAGCUAGCCGAGCGCGCGCGCGCGUGCACGCACGCACGCACGCUCGCACACGCGAAACGCACACCUAGGUGCGCCGUAUCGAAAAGGAUACGCGUGCACACAUCGACGACACAAAGCACACGCGCACGCUUGGAACACCAGCUUGGAGCAGCUUACACCGACGAGCACGCCGAAUCACGGUGCACGUAUAUGCGCGCGCACGCACGCACCCACGCACCCACGGCACCGACACAACGCGAAGGCGCCGUCAACGAGAAGGCGGAAGGCGGAACCACCACCGACGCACACUGGAUGUCGUUCUUCUAGUACACUUUCAUCCUCUUUCGGAACGGGUACUGCUACUCUAAUUUUUUCAUCGAUCCGAGCCGCGCGUCCUCAUUGCCACCUCGUCCACCGUACGCGAGCACCGAUUUUGGAACAAGCGAGAAAGAAAGGGUUGAAGAGCGAGAUAGGGAGAGAGAGAGAGAGAGAAAGAGAGAGAGAGAGAGGGAGGGAGAGCGAUCGAGCUUCGGAUACGAUUCCUUGUUCUCUCUCUCUAUUGCCUCGAGCCGACGUUCGAACGAGCCGUUCCGUUCCUUCGUAGCUCGGCGUUUCUUCCGAAAUCGAUCUCUGCGUGACCGACCGUUGAACCGUACACCGUUUCUAUGCCUUCCGGGCGACCAUUAUUCCUCUCCUCCGUCGUGGCAUCUGCCAUUUUCUAUCCACGAGCACGCUUUGAUCUCGAAACAGCAAGGAACGACGAGCAGUCGCACGCAAAAUGAAAAUCGGAAAACCUCGAACGAAACACGCAAUCGCGAACCACCAAAGACCGCAACCGCGGGCGCGAGCGCGACGAACGAGCCACGACUGACGGUCGACGGCGCAGUCAGCUCUCCCGUGACGACUGACGACCGUGACACCACGCGGCUCUUCGGGGAGGUUCGCCCAGAUUCGUCUGUUCUCGAUCGUGCUCGACUAUCCUUCGGCUUUCGUUUCUCGGCGUUCGGUGGCGUUCGGUGGCGCCCGGCGGCGCUCGGUGGCGCUCGGAACUCGGUGCUCGAUGUUCGGUGCAUCUAUGUUCUGCCCUCGGACCUGCUCGGACCUCUGUUUUUGUUCGCGCUUUUCAUCUUCGGCUGCGUCGGCCCUUCCGGAGAAAAUUCUAUCGUAACAUCGUAACGCGAUGUCUUCUCUUUACGAUGUCACCGAUCGAACUGCGCACCCGUGGCCAGUUACGUGCCCCGCCGCAUUACGACCGAGCCAUCGAGAUGCCGGAAUCCCUUCUGCUCUCGUCAACGACACCCCUCGAAAAUUCCUAUUCGCCCCAGUCGAUACCGUUUUCUUCGGCGAAGCAGCCGAACCGAUGUUUUCCACGUACGGGUAACAACUGUCUUUGCAUUUUAUUCGACUCGGAACUCGAAACCCUGGAACCUGUAUGGUCUACGGAAUUAUGCGAGACGUAGAUCGAACCGUGUAAACUGUAAUCUGCAAACCGUAGCGGAAACACGGCAGAAAUAGGUAUAUUCCGCGACUCUGACAAUGCAAGCGAGCAAAAUGGAGCGCCGCUUGGAGCUUGGAGCACAGGGUUGCUACGCUGCGCCGCUAUCGUGCCGCUGCCAUUGUCGCUGUCGGUACUCGAACUCGCCGGUAUCGAUUUAUAUCGGAAAUAUCGAAGAUCGAACUCGCGUCUCCAUCUUGAGCACCGGCCGGACCGAACUUGUGUUUCAACUUUCAACUUAUUUCGACGAUCGAGGAUGAACGCGAAAUUAGCGGGAACGUAACAAGCAAUUUGUACUUUCUACGAAUAAUGUCCCGAGGAGAUGUACCGUACCUGUGAAAAUUCGUAUACAUCGACACGGCCGAGUAGAUUCAUUGUUGCAAGUAUGCACGGAUGCGUAGCGAGUGGCGAACGAUUAUUAACGACGGUAGGCCGACGAUGGGGUUUUACGAUACGCGAGAAACAGGAUCGUUGGAAAACGAGAACCGAUGUUCGAGCUGGUUCGGACAAUGCGAACGAGAGACGGUAAUAGCGGCACGGACCGAGUAAUGGGAAUAAAGGAAAGCGUCAUCUACCUACACCGUUUGACACCGGAAAUUAAUUGACCGAUCAAACAAUCGUAAACUUCCUUUCGUAAAUAACCGGAAACUAGACGGAAGUACGUGGCGCGGCAUCGGUUGCAUUUACGGCGCGAGCACGUUCCUGCGGCUCGAUCGUUCGCAUCGGAGCUAUCCGAAACCUGCAGCCUCGUUGUUUCUCUCGUUUCUGUUCCGCCUCUGUUUCUUUUCUUUCUCUUUCUUACCGUUUACUAUUUUUCAGGGAUCUUUAUAUUUCUCGUCGCAUCGGCCCGCCCCGAUACAUUACAGAAUACAAAAUUCGACACCGAAGGAUUCGAAUGCUUCAUAGCCGCUUGUAACCCGUAUUCGACGUCGUCCGAGCGAUCCGUGUUCAACAUGUAAUCGAGAAGCUCCGAGAGUACCUGUCGGCGUGGUCUAUUGAAGAAUUCGCCCAUAGUUUCGUGAACGUUUGCAUCGGGUCGGCUGAGCAGGACGCACCUACCAAUUGCCGAUUGCUGUUUUGCUACCAUAUUAGCACCAGGAAGAAGGCACGAGCACCGCGGAUUUCGAGCACGGUGUAGGUGCAGCGGGAAUCGUUCCCGGCAACACCCGUCCAUCGAUAUCGCGGCGUCAUGCCAACGUAACGCGCAGAGACAACAGGAUGAGACUUACUUCAGUAAAAGGGAGAUCACAGCCUUGAUCUCCGGAUGCGCUGCCAGAUAAAUCUCAUUCUCGUUUCUGACCGUCGCCUUUCUCAGGUUCAACUUCUUCUUCUGAUCCUUGCUCAAGGCGCCGAUAUCGUAGUUUCGCGUGCCAUGAGCCAGGUCUUUCGGAUGAAAGGGACGUUUGGACGAACAGUCCAUUUAGGUCCAAGUUCCAAGAUCACCUUCGACGAAUUUCCGUUCGAACAAUGGAAUUGUCCAGUUUCCAACGAUAUCGGACAGAUUGGCCGACGCGUCGACGAUGAAACGAAUCGAAUAACCUUUUCAUGCUGGACACGACACGCGGCAUACGACCGUACGUUGUUUCGCUUCAAAUGUAGACAAAUAGCUUCUUUCGUUUCGCGACAGUACGAUAGAUGUAGACGUAGAUACGCGUAUCGCGGACGACGCAUUUUAAAUUCGACGAGUUUUGUCUAGGUCUCGUCGCGAUCAGCGAACGUUGGAAGAAAUCUCCAAGCCGGUAAACCUUGUACCCCGCGCACGUAUCGUACAAUUGUAAUAUUCGCUGUUACAUCCGCAACAUUUAGAUUUCCGAUCACGGCACCGCGCCGACACGCGCAGCGAAUGCGUGCGCGCGCGCGCGCGUGCGUGCGUGCGAGUACGGCGGGCUCGCGUGCAACUAAUCGCCUACUAUUAUUAGGUAUUAAUAAUCGCGCGUAAUAUCGAAAAGAUAUUCGUCGAAGCGGUCGCAGGUGUAUCGUCGAAGUAGGUGCGCGGGUAGCCAGGACAAGGAUGAAAGCCAACCAGGGCAGGGCAGGGAAAGAAAAUGAUGCGUAAGUCCGAAGAUCGAGUGGGGAGGGGAAUCCCGACCAACGAGAAGAAGGGGGCCGUACGUUUUAUUUGUCUUCUUAAAGUCGCAAAGUCCCAACGCACGCAGAAAAAUCCAGAGGAGGGAAAACGAGGAGGAUGCGGAGGAUGUGGGGAAGCGGUCAGUGCGUGCGAUGUCUCGUCGAUGUCGGUGUCUCCGAUGUGGGAGCGUCGUUCUCCGAAACCUGGCCAGAAAACGAGACGAACGAGAUUGAAGCGGUAAAGGUAACAGAGAUAAAAGAUAGACCGAGAAAUGUUCGCAGGCUUCGAGAUCUUCUAUAGACGAUUCGAGAGUCGCGCGACGGACGAACGAUGGAACGACACAGAGGCAUCGAACCGAAUAUCUCUGGUCCAACUGCUCUGACGCUGCUCUGUCUGAUCGUCGGCCGUGCCUCGAUCGAGUGUGCUCGCAGCGACGUAAAAUCGAAAGAGGAAUUUCUGGAAGACUGCUGCCUCGACGAUGUCGAUCGCACGAAUAAUCGUCGAUGCGGCGCUUUCGAAGAUUCGAACGGCACGUGGGCGAUACCGUACGAUACGAUCGGCAACGAGUCUGCCACGUCGUGCUGCAGAGUCUGCGUACCAUCCGAUUCAACUUUUUCGACCGUCUCGACCGUCUCGACCGUUUCGAAAGAAUUCGAAACGAGAGUUCGGCCGGAGGAAAGGAAAGGAAGAGGAAAGGAGGAAGAACGGUUCGUCGAGGCGAGGAGAGCACGGUCGAACCCGAGGACGAGUCGCAGUUGUUUCGAAUUCUGUGUCUCGGCGAGCGGCGAUCACGGCGAUCGCAACGGAACGAUUCCGCUUCCGGAGGAAGGCAGCGACGGUGCGAACGCGAGCGAUCGGUCGCGCCGGUGCGACAGCGUGUUCAGCUCGCUAAAUUUUUGGGGCGCCAACAUCGUGAUAUUCGCGAACGCGGUUUACAUGGUCCCGUACGUGGUGGUCGUGCUGAUCUACGCGAUAGUGCCGGGCCUGGCCGCGCGGGCGUACGGCAAAGUCGUCCUCUGUUACAACGUAACGCAAAUCGUUCUGAAUCUGAUUCUGAUCGGCGUAGGAUCCUGCGUUCUCUGUCACGUGCCGUUCCCACCGAAGCUCUACGCGUUCGUCGGACUGGCGCUGAUGUUCUUAACGAUAUCCUCGACGUUCUGGCUGUUCAUGAUUUGCGUCGACAUAACGCUGGCGAUCACGAGAUUUCACCGGGCGUCGCCGAUCCGAUCGCAGGAUCGCCGAUCGAAAGAGAAAACGAAAUUUUUAUGGUACGCCGGCUGGACCUGGGGCGCGUCGUUGCUACCUACCGCGCUCGCUUGCGUCGCCCACUUUUCUCGCUUGUUGCCCGAAUCCUCUCCGAUCAGACCGAAUUUCGAGAACGUCGAACACGGCCCGAACCUGCCCGUCCUAUUGUACGUGCUGACGUUCCCGGUGCUUACUUGCCUCGCGAACACCGUUCUCUUCUGCUACACCUCCUACAGGAUGUACGCGAUACAGAGGUCGACGAAGCUGGCAUCCGCGAACACCGCCGCGAAAGAGAACAAGACCAGAAAACGCUAUUUUCUCUACCUGAAUCUCUACCUGUUGAUGGACGCGCCUUGGAUCACGAGCGCGCUGGCCGCCGCUUUCACCGAUCUCUGGCUAUUGAGAUUUUCCCGAGUGAUUCAACCGAUCCUCAUGCUGGUGAGCAUUCUGCCUCCGCAAACGCUAUCGCUCGUCCGCGAUCGUAUCUGCGCUCGGAAAUCGCGCGUCCGCGAUCCGAAACCGGAACCGGAAUCGAACGCGGUUGCGGUUGCGGUUGCGGUUGCGGUUGCGAUCGAGGAAUCGGUCUAAUUCGCGGCGGUCGGUUCAGCUUUUCGGAGACACGAAACCGGAGCGUCGUCCGACUCUGAUUAAUGUUAUUAUAAUACUUAUGUACGAUAUCACAUCGAACCGGAUGAAAAUAAACGGGGUGCAACGGUCGCUUUGAAAA